UUCUUCUUCCCACGAGUAACACCAACAUGAGAGUGAUUCUGGUAGCAUCUUUGAUACUAGCAGUCGCAUGCGGCGAGGCUACUAAAAAUAAGAACGAGAAGCGUGGGAUCUUCGACAGCGACAUUGGCAGUUCUCAUGGCGGAUUUGGAGGCGGCAGUAUCUCCCUUGGAGGACAUAGCGGAGGUUUAGACGGUGGCCCUAUCAGCAUUGGUAGUGGACAUGGAGGUGGUUUUGGAGGUGGCAAUGGAGGAGGUUUCGGUGGCGGAAUAGGAGGCGGUUUCGGUGGUGGAGCUGGAGGUGGUUUCGGUGGCGGAGCUGGAGGUGGUUUCGGAGGCGGUUUCGGUGGUGGAGCCGGAGGAGGAGGAGGCGGCGGCGCUACUGUUACUACCAUCAGUCAAGCCGUUCCAGUUCCUGUGCCACAACCUUACCCUGUUACCGUUACUAGAAGAGUACCUGUCCCUGUUGCUCAACCUGUGGCAGUACCUGUACCUAGGCCAGUACCUGUUACCGUACCAGUACCUCAACCCGUACCAGUACCAAGGCCCUACCCAGUAAUUGAAAGACGCCCUGUACCAGUCGCUAUCCCCACUCCAGUACGUGUACCAGUUGCUCAACCUGUUGGUGUUCCAGUACCACAACCCUAUCCAGUAACCGUUGCCCAACCAGUCCCUGUUAGAGUGCCCCAGACCAUUGUAGUGCCAGUCGCCCAGCCUGUGUUUGUUGGAGGAGGUGGAGGAAGAGCAGGUGGCGCAGGAGGCUUCGGCGGUGGUAUUGGAGGUGGAAUUGGAGGUGGAUUUGGAGGUGGAUUUGGAGGUGGUAUUGGCGGUGGUAUUGGAGAAGGCAUUGGAAGUGGUUUUGGCGGAGAAAUCGGAGGCGGUUAUGGAAGCGGUUAUGGAGGAAGUUAUGGAGGAGGUUACUCCAACUCAAUCUCUGUUGGACAUGGAAGUUCUCUAGGUGGAGGAUCCUUGUCUCUUGGUGGUCAUGGAAGUUCGAUCUCUCUUGGAGGAGGAUAUGGAGGUGGUCACGGCGGAGCUAGCAGUUACUCUAGUGUGUCCAUUGGAGGGAGUGGCAAAUAUUAAAAUACCUCAAAAAUUAGUCACAGUUAAUAACUGAAAAUACUGCCAAUGUGAUAAUAGCACGUAGUAGCUUUGCCAAUUAUAAUUUUUGUACAUUGUUACAUACCGAAAAUAAAUUUAUAUUUUCCUA